AUGGAUAAAUCAUCCUACGCGGCUAAGCGCCGACAAGAUAAAUUCCACAAAUCAGCUCACCCUCCGAAUCCCGCGAAACAAAAAAGUGCUACACCAAAAGAAACGCCUGCGAUUCAGCAUACAGCACCUCUCGUCGUAGUAGAUUCCCAACGGUAUAAAAAGAGAGAUAUUCAACAGAACUGGAGCGAGGAACAAUAUCCACCCAGUUGCGAUAGCGACUCGGAUGACGAACAGCUACAAGCGGCAGAUUUUGAGCAUCUUUUGGAGCUACCUCCAUCCAGUGGUGGACAUUUUCUGCUGAGCACUGAAAAACAUUGGCUUAAUUCGGACACUGAGCUUCCAGGAGAGGAUCAAAAGAAUUGCUAUAGUGAUUACUUUCGAAUUGAUACAAAACUGUUGAACGCUAGUUUUAGUUGUAUUCCUUUUUAUGAGCGGCACCAGUACGAGCAGUCACUUUUUACCACAUUGGAGCUCAAUUUAAUGCGUCAAAAAUCAGAGCUUAAUACAAGAAAGUAUCAGCAGGCCGGAGUUCAGAAAUCAGGAGCAAUACCUUCGGAGCAUAGCGAAAAAAUGUCAGUUUCCAAAAAGCCUCAACCUGUGCCGUGUCUUAUCGGUAAACUAAGCGCUCCAAAAUCUGUUUCUGCAGCAGACGUUAAAACAAAAAUUCCGGAUCCGGCUGUUGAGCAAAAUUCUGAUAAAUCUGUAGGCAUCAACACAGCAGAAGCAAAAAUGAGCCGACUUACAGUGAACCCUAAUGCUGAUUCAGCUGAUGUUAAAAGAGUUCCUAUUGAUAGUGUUAAACCAGCUGGAUCGAAAGUACAGCAAAGCUCUGCGAAGGAAACGAAAGAAGACAUUCAACAGUGGUUGGAUGAUAUUCUGGAAAUUUAAAAUCAUGUUGAUUCAUUCAACUAUCAAUGUAAUGUGGUCGUCGCUACGACCAAAAUAAAUAAUAUCAACAAACUGUCGCAAACCAUAAU